AUGGCUCGAGCUAUAGCAUCCAAGGGCCCAUCACUGCUGGUUCUGAUCGCCCGGUCCACCAGCAAAGCCGAGGCAGUAUCAAAGCAGCUAGGGGUAGACUUCCUCUCAGUGAAGACACGAGUCCUUUCCCUCGACCUAUCUUCACAAAAGAGUGUACGACAAGCCGCCACAGAGCUGGAAAACAUAACGAAAGCAGUCGAUGUACUAAUAAACAAUGCCGGAGUCAUGGCCGUAUCAGAGAGGACUUUGUCGAAAGAUGGGGAAGACAUACAGUUUGCAACAAAUUACAGCCCUCAAAGUGGUGCACGGACUGUCAAUAUUACGAGCGCUGCACAUGUCCUCACCCACUUGCGGUUUAGCGAUCAUAUCUUUAAGGGAGUACCGAUCCCUUAUGAAGAGCAACCAAACACAGCCAUAGCAUCCCAAAUGGAUAUGCCCGAACUUGAUCCACAGGGAGGGUACCAUCCUAUGAUUGCAUAUUGUCACUCGAACACGGUCAAUAUGUUAUUCACAACGGAGCUUGCAGAAAUGUUGAAGGACAAGGGCAUAUAUCCCUUCACUUCAGCCCCUGGAGUGGUUGAAACAGAGCUCUAG